AUGUACUCUAAUAAAUGUUCAAAAAAUGUGUACUAUUUACCUUUUAAAUCGAAAUGUUUAAGUAAUGUAAAUGGUAAGUUGUUAAGUGAAGCAUAUAAUUUACAUUAUUUUUUAUUAAGUUCUAAUAAUCCAUUCAACGAUAAUGAAGUUCAUUUAAUUGAAUACAAUGAACAAGAUUUUUGUGUCAGAAACGUAAACAUAUUUGAAUAUAAAGGAAGAAUAGAUCAAAUUAUCUGCUUAGAUAUGUAUGAAGAAGAAGAAAGAAAGAAAAAAAAAAUUCUUUUAUGCACUUCAGGAUGUAAUACAUCUGAUCUUUGUAAUAAUGAGAAUAAUAAAAAUGAAAUUGAAAAUUCAUGUUCAUUAUGGUUAGGAGAUAUAGAAACUUCAGAGGAACAAGAAAAAGAAAAUAUUGAGAUAGAAGAAGAGAAAGAUUUAGAAAAUAUGGAAAUAGAAGAUAACUUAAAAGUAGAGCAAAAUGAUACAGAAAAAUUAAAACAUAUUUUAAGCGAUGAAACAAAUCAAGAUAAAAAGGAAUGUAAUGAAGAUGAUAAAAAGAAAGAAAAUGAAUUAAAAACAAAUGAAAUAAAUAAGAGAAUAACAAAAAAUAAAUUGAUUAAACAGAAAAAGGUUCCAUUAAAAAAAAUUUAUGAAUUAAAGAGUGAUCAGAUAUAUAAAAGCAUUAAAAAAAUUGCAAUUGAUGAUUAUGAAAAAGAAAUUAGUAAAAUAGCUGUAAUUGAUAAAUAUAGUUAUAGUAUAUUUACGAAAAAUAAUAAAGAUAUCCAAUUUAUACAAUCAAAAAAUGUUGGAAAGCAAUUGACUUAUGGGAUAUUUGAUCCUCAUCAUCAAGAUAUUUUAACAGUAAUGAGUGAUAUAAAUAUAUACGGUUAUGAUAUUAAAAGUAAUAAACAAAUAUUUUCUGCAUAUACUAACCAUAAAGCAAAUUUAUCCUCAAUUGAUUUUAACUCUAAUAUACCAAAUAUUGUUAUAACUUCAUCAAAUGAUGGUUAUAUAAAAUUAUGGGAUUUGAGAUUUUUAAAAAAUUCAUUUCUAACAAUUAAUAUCCAUUCUCAUUGGAUUACUUCUGUCAAUUUUAAUCAUUUCCAUGAUGAAUUAUUACUAACUACAAGUACUGAUAAUACAGUUAAAUUACAUAAAAUUGAAUUUCGAAAUAAUUUAAAUUUACAAAAUAAAGAUACGAAUUAUGAAUUAAUAAAAACAUAUAAAGAUCAUGAAGAAUCAGUUUAUCAAGGUAAGUGGAGUAAAACAGACGCAUGGAUAUUUGCGUCUUUAUCGUAUGAUGGGAAAUGUGUUGUAAAUAGUGUACCUAAUGAACAAAAAUAUAAAAUUUUAUUAUAA